AUGAGCCAACACCAAGUUGCACCUCUCACCUCCGUCGUCCUCGUCCUGCGCGAGCAGGACGCACUGGUCGGAUGUGCUCAUAUAGCAGAGAUCGUAAGCGAGUAUUUAGACGCUUCGCACAAGUGGUCCAUUGAACGCGCCGCUUGUGCCGGGUACCUACCAUUACUCGACCGCUUGGGUCAAAAAGAGCUGCCCGUCUCCCCACGUGAACUUGACUGGGCCCUCCGCACGGCUGCCGACCGCGGCGACUUGGCCGUUGUCCAAUGGCUAACGGCCUAUCAGCCGGACAUGGAGUGCUCUACUCGAGUCAUGGACUCUGCGGCCCUACGUGGCCACUUAAGUGUUAUCAAAUGGCUACAUCACUACCGUGAUGAAGGCUGCACGACUGCUGCAAUGGACAGCGCUGCCGCUUAUGGCCGCCUCGAGGUCAUCCAAUGGCUGCAUCAAAACCGCCAAGAGGGCUGCACGACAGCGGCGAUGGACAGCGCGGCAGCAGGAGGCCACCUCAAGACGGUGCAAUGGCUCACGAUGAACCGCACCGAAGGUUGCACGAGUGUCGCGUCGCACUUUGCGCUCCUGAAUGGCCACAUGGAUAUUCUGCGCUGGCUAAACGAGCAGAACGUGCGCGUGCAAGACACGGGGAAGGCGAUGGGCGGACGGACGCCCACGCGCUGGUCGCGGAGGGAACGACGACUGAGCGCGACGGGGGUGGAGGCGCCACGUCACCGCCCGCGCCGGUUGAGCACAGGACUUUUGUACCGGAACUGA